AUGGUUGGGACAGGUCUUCGGCGUACACUAAAAGCCUCGGUCUGGUUGUAUCUUGUGUACACGGCCACCUCCUUUGAGCAUGGAUCUGACACCAACUGGCGGCCGUCGAGCCCGAUUGGGGUCAGCUGGAUGGAUCCAUCUGGCAUCACGUCGUAUUUGCCAUGCUGCCACAGCAUGAUACCUUUAGGACACGAAGGCGUUGUGGCUGGUGAAUACAAAUCGCGUCAGAAAGCAGCCUCAGACGGGAAAGCGUGGGGAGCAACUGACGGUUGGAAACGGCCCGGUAAAAUCCUGCAAGAUAAAACAAGACGUCAGAGACUGAUGAAGACCACUCGGGAAGAUGAGCGGCUGUGCGCCUGCAGAGAGCCUACCGGGCCUGUCACGACACUGCGAGACUUAGUUGUCCAAGUCCCAACCAGCUCAGCGACACUAUUGGUCCUGACAACAGCGAUGAGGAAGCUAAGCAGCAAGUAUCCGACAAUCAUCUUUCCGGGCAUCCAAGCGAGGGCCUAG